AUGAAAACCCAGCUGAGCGCUUUCCUCAGUCAUCCUUCUCUCUCCUUCUCCCUCCUCGUCCUCCACCAAUCCUCCGUCGCACUAAUCAAGCGCUCCCGAACGAAGCCCGGCUCCGACUCCGACGACUCCGAGUACUCCGACUCCGGCGAGCUCUACAACCCAGCAACCGCCAUCUUCCUGACCGAAGCACUCAAAGCACUCAUCAGUCUCACCAUCCUACUCAUCCAAUACCCUUCUCCCUCUCUGUACCCUUGCUCUCUCUUCACCCGUCUUCGUCUGCUUCUCUUCCACUCCCUUGGGCCCCAUCAUGCUCUCCAUAUCCUCGAUAUGUUCAUCCCUGCUUUCCUCUAUACCGUACAAAACCAUUUACUGUACAUCAGUAUAACGGAACUAGAGCCGGCGAUCUACCUCCUCACCUCGCAACUCAAGAUCCUAACGAGUGCCUUGAGUUCGGUGAUGAUCUGUGAGCGGAAGUUAGUGAGGCCGCAAUGGAUGUGUCUUUGGACCCUAGUUCUGGGGGUGAUGAUGGUCCAGUUCGAGCCGAUCGAUCAGCACCACCACCCUCAACAAAUGUUUACAUGGAGAGCUGCACACCAUCUCAGAGGGAUCUUCGCCCUCGUCCUCUCGGCCAUUGCUUCCGGCCUCGCAGGCGCUUGGUUCGAACGCUCCCUCUUACUCAACAAACAAGCUAACCCUCAACAUCCAACUCAAACCCUUAUAACAACAAAACACGAACAACAUCAAGAUGUCCAUGAGGAGCACCCGACGAAAGACCGCCCAACGUCGCCCUCCAAGUCGAAUCGCUUGGCUCAUCAUAUCCUCGAGCCUUCGCCAAGUCGACCUAAAGAAGAGGGGCCCAAUCUGUGGACAAAGAACCUCCAGUUAUCCGUGCCGAGUCUCUUGAUCUCGUAUCUGAUGAUCUAUGUUGCGCCCGAGUCGCGCAAACACGUCCGCGAACACGGCUUCUUCUUCGGCUUCCUGGGCUCCCAAUAUUUGAUAAGCCCUACAAGUGCCCAUCACUCCUCCAACGCCGGCCCCUCAACUCGCAUCUGGCUCGUCUGGGCUAUCAUCCUCUAUCAUUCCGUGGGCGGCAUCCUCGUCUCUAUCAUCGUCAAACAGUCCGGUCACUUGGUCAAGAACUUCGCGACCUGUUUCUCCAUCGUUUUAUCUAUCUUGGCUUCUUCGUACUCUAAUCAGACUCCAUUGGGCUUCAACUUCUAUCUGGGCAGUUUCUUGGUCUUGGUCUCUAUCAAAUCGUUUACUUCCUUUGAAUCUCCAUACCACACAAAAAUCAAACCUAAUUGAUUCUUCAAUCUUCUUCUUCUUCUUCUUCUUUGUAUCUUUCCUUCUCACUACUCCCUCCCCCUUUCUUAAUCCCCC